GAGUCAGACAGCUUCGUGCAGUGUUGAGCUUAGCAAUUGAAAGUGAAGAAUCGAUCUCAGCUUCCUGUGCUUCCCGGGUUUCAGCCGUUCUUCCCGAAUCCCUGGAUACAGAGCCUGAAAACAGUUGUCAUUUGCAAAAGAAAGAUCUGAACAGAAAGUGAUCGUUUAACCAAAGAUAUCAACAAUUCUGGUUGAUAACUCCAGCCACAAUGGAUUGGAAGACAUUACAAGGUGUUCUUAGUGGUGUAAACAAAUAUUCUACAGGAUUUGGACGGAUUUGGCUGUCGGUGGUCUUCAUCUUUCGGGUGCUCGUUUACGUGGUGGCAGCAGAAAAAGUAUGGGGUGAUGAUCAGAAAGACUUCGACUGUAACACCAGGCAACCUGGGUGCACCAAUGUGUGCUUUGAUCAUUUCUUCCCCAUCUCCCACAUCAGGCUAUGGGCUUUGCAAUUGAUUUUCAUCUCUACACCUUCUCUUUUGGUUGUGAUGCACGUGGCCUAUAGGAAAGAAAAAGAAAGAAAAUACCACCUGAGGCACCCAGAUACCAACACCAAGCUGUAUGAAAAUGCUGGGAAAAAACAUGGUGGUCUAUGGUGGACCUAUUUGAUCAGUCUGCUUUUUAAAACAGUGUUUGAAAUUGCUUUCCUGUACAUCCUUCACUGGAUUUAUGAAGAUUUUGAUAUGCCUAAACUUGUCAAAUGUAACGAGGAUCCUUGCCCCAAUGUAGUAGAUUGUUACAUUGCUAGACCAACUGAGAAAAGAAUUUUUACUUAUUUUAUGGUUGGGGCAUCAUCUCUUUGCAUUGUAAUAAGUAUAUCUGAAAUUAUCUACUUGAUUUCUAAAAGGUGUUUCCGGUUUUGUAUGUUGCAUUCUGGGAGAAAAAGAUCAGUGCUUGCUCAAGGUAAGACUGAUUAUCAUCCCCACACACUCAUCCAUUUAAAUCACUUACCAAAUGGCAUGUCACUGGAUCAUGUUCAUGCUUCUGCUCCAAAUCUUUCCUCAAUGUAAUAUACCUCUACCAUAUCUCAGUGUAUCUUUGCUCAAAGAUGACCUCGAAGUGAUAGCACAAAAACUUUGAUAAAAUUUUCAAUGAUCCAGCAGAUCAAAUAGCAACCUUUGCUAGUAUUUAAAUUUAAGCUUCUUCAGAUAGCUCGUUCGAGUUAUUUUAUAUCUGGCUGGAUUCUCUAAAAGAGAAUUGAACAAACGCAAUCCAGGUCUUGGAGGGAAGGAGUAUAGACUUUGCAUGAUCUGGGCCUCUAAUGCACUAAAGAGUGAUCUCCAUGGAAGGCAUUGUUUCAUUCUCCUGUCAGGGAAGGUAACCAACAUGCCGAUGUCUGGAGAGUUAGCUUGGAGGACAAAAGAAAACAUUUCAGGCAACAAAUGAAACUUAACUUAUUGUCGUUUCUUUCUGUCUUCACCUCCAAACAGAAGCAAGGUCCCAAAAACAGGGCAAAACAAAAGUUUACAUGACCAAUAUCAUUUUUUGAAAAUAAGCUUAAAAGUAUUACUGUUAACUUUAACCAUUUCUUCCAUCUAUUUCUGGUGAAUAAUGCAAUCAGUGAAGAUGAGUUAUAAAGGCGAACAUAACAAGAUUAAUUCACAUACAUAGUAUGAUUGUUAAUGCACUUUAGAUGAAUGAUUUAGGUAUCUAAUAAUUUUAUUUCUGCUCCAACAUGUUAUCACCCUUCCAGGCAUUGAUAAUGUCAUCAGGGGUUCACUUAUUAAAUUAACAUCUUUCCUCCAACAAGCUUAUGGAUGAACAUCAGUUCAAAACAAUAGAUUAGGAUAACAUUACAAAGCAUAAAAGGAUGAAAGAUUUGGUUUCUGAUCUGAAAGAAUAAUUUGUGACCAACUUUGGUCAUCACACCCAAACAAGAUCAAUUCCAUGCACCUGAUUGGUGUGGAGAACUUUGCAGUUAUAUCUUGAACAAAAAGGUCUCAAAAGAGUUUGAAGUUUGUUGAAACAGCCAAGAAACCAGUUUCUUGUUACAAGAGCAUCACAUGAAAUGGCACAUAUUGCAAUUUGAUUCUUUCAAAUGUGAAUUUUAGAUUGUUUAAGCUGUUAAAUUAAUUAAGUGAGACUCUCUCUUGUGUAUGGAGGUACAUCUAUCAAGGUUUUUACCUUGUACAUACCAGACAAAUUGAUCUCUCUCACAAAAAAAAGAACAAGAAUUAAGAAUCUGAAAAUAAGACUUGCCGAGAGCUGCAAAGCAAAGUGUUUGAAAAGCUAACUGAUAGACACUAUCAAGAAGUGGAAAAGUUAGAAUUGCAUAAUUAUCCCGGUCCCAAUAUUUAAACCAGAUCAAUGUAUUUAGUUCUGAUGACUUUAUGCUUUGAAAAUGAAUAGCUUUGGAUAAUGCAAGUUCACUACUCAUCCCAUGAGGACCUGAUUCAUUUCAUGAACAAACAACAUAUAUUCAAAGUAUUUUGUUGGCAGAUUUCAGAGUGUAACUUUGGUAGACUGUUGCUCAUUUUAUCUUCUGCAAACUGCUGUAGCCCAUGUCAAACAAAUACUGCCAUAUAUAGGUGGUUAUGAGUUUCUCAUAAAUGUAUGAGUUUAGUUGAUUUAAUUUCAUAAUGGCUGAAUCAAGAAAGCAUGUUUACAUAGUACUAAUAUAUUAAUGCUUUUGAUAUCAGUAUGUAUGAUACUAAAAAUACCUGCUCAGAAGUACUGAUGCAUAUUAAUCGUGCAGGAGGGAGUAGGCAUCCCACUUUAACAGAACAUGUUACUAAUUGUUCUUUUUACCUCAUCAAACCUUGCUAUUUCCUCUAGAAAGUUUUUUUUUAAAUUUAGCUGUUGAACUUUGUUCACAAUGCUGCACAACUUUACAGAGCAUCUUUAAAAGUACAAAUCUAGUAAAAGCGUUGAUAAAGGUUGACAGAAAUUAAUGGUUAAAACAGCAACUCGUUCUUGAUAAUGUCUCUCAAAGUCUUAAAUAGACUUUAGGUUUCAAUGUGGGAUUGUAAAUGGCGAAGCAUACUGUUGGUCCUUCAUGUCUGACACAAUAGUUGAAAGUUAGAAUGUAUUUUAAAAUCACAAUGAGGGAUAUGACUAUGAUUUUAACAUUUUUAAAAGUGUCAGUGGCCAACUUGACACACAGGUAUAAAACUGCUAAUGGAAAUUUGUCGAACUUUGUUACGUACAAUUUUAUUUUGCUUCUACAAGCAAGACAUCUGAUUUGCAGUAGCUGUUGUAUUCCUGAGCGGGAAGCUGAAAAGCUUCUGUUGUCUUUCCUAAGUAAGUGUUAUAUUGGAUAGAACCAUCAGCUUUGGUAGAAAUUAAAUCAACUCAAAGUCUGUAUGUCCAUCCUAUCGAAGUCAAUUGAAAAGUAAAUCACAGUAGUAAGCAUUGGUCAGCCUAUAAAUUAUAACAAAUUUUACAACUCCAUUAAUACCAAACAUUUCAUCCACAGUUUCUGAAAGAUACCAAUUGUUUAUGUAUAUAUUGCACUUCCUAUGAGGUAUAUACGAAGGCAGAUUUCCCUUCUAGCAUUCCUGUGUGAUAAUGAAGAGUCAUUAGGAAAUCACAUAUGCAAAUAUGAGUUGAUUUUUAGUACAUUCAGGGAACAAAUCUUUUAAAAGUGUUUUCUAUACAAUGAUGUAUGUCUCCAUUCUUAUGUUUUAUGUGGACUAAGCAUUUUACAUGCAAAGUUGAAUGUAACUUUCCCAUGGAAAUACCAUCAAUGGCAGCCGAUGUCGACACAUUUUAACCGUUUUCUUGUUCUUGAAUUUCCAUGUUACUGUAUAUUUUCCCAUAUUUAUAUUGUAUAUAUUUUGCAACAAAGUGAAUAAUUCAUUAAAUAAAUAUUUAAUUUGAA